UAUUCUCCCUCCCUUAGUCCCUAACAUUGCAACUAUUAAUAAUUCACUAGUCUCCUUUGAGUAUGACGGGACUCCAUCGAUAACACUUGAAAUCAGCGAUCCUCAAGCAUGCACUGAUUACCCAGUCAUUUUUUAUUCUGUUGUGCUAAGAGAUAGAGAUUCUUCUAAUAAUAUUUCGCUAAUGAUUCCAGCUGAAAAUGCCCGCUCAAAUGACAAUCACAUCCUCAUCUCUUUCAAUAAUGAUAGCAUAGAGCAUGAUAAGGAUUACUCACUAUCUGUUGCUGCUGUGAAUAUUGUCGGUGUUUCAAGUGCUAGCGAAGAAAGGAGAAUAGUCACGUCAACUCUUCAAAGUAUAAGUGCUUCACUCCAUGGCUAUGAACUGAAAAUUAAAUGUCAUUUUGCCAAUGGCAGUACAUCUGCUGGUUGCUUUGUUAUUGUGGUUCUGACUAAUGGAACGGAGCUGAAAAAUGCGACUGCUACUCGGUCUCAACCUGGUUCCUUAACCUCAAGCACAACAAUUACUCUGACUAAAGACACUCUUAGUCUCCCAUUCGUCGUCGUGGGACGAAAUUACAACAUCACUAGUGGGGACCCAGGGCUGGUUGAAAUUUCUGCAACUCCUAUACUAAUCAGUGACCCCCCUACAGAACCAAUUGCUUCAACGACAGCAUCGAUGGUGAUGGAGUCGUCCUACGAGCUGAAUAGUCAGACACCAGUCCCUACUUUUGUUUCAACUGGUUCUUCAUCAACAGAUGAUGUAGUGUUUUAUGUAGCUAUAUCUGGUAGUGCUAUGGUCCUUGGUAUCCUUAUACUACUCAUUCCACUCUUAAUGAGCUUAGUAGUACUAAUGAGGCACUGUAAAGAAAGGAAGAAUGGCAGUGAAACUACUAUACAACCCAUAGAGCCUUCUAAUGAAGUUAUAGGGGAAUCACCAAAACAAGAGAGUAAUGGUGAUGCGUACAGAGACACAAUGAACAGCAGGUCAACUAUCAGAAGUGAGCAUGUUGAAGGUGCUACCGGCUCCAGUCCUGUUACUGUACUGGACGUGGAUCAUAUAAGACUGUUGAUGGAAAGAGAAGGAGGAGAGACUCAAGGACUUGUACAGCCAUAUGGAGUCACUAACCUGAUACAUAAAGGAUUAGAGGUCCCAGUCUAUCAGGAUGUCCAAGACACCGAUUAUCACAAACACGUCGCUUUACCUGCCCUGCCUCACUCAGACCUUCCACCUAAUCGAUACGAUCAAUCUUCUGAAGCUCCUCCUCUUGUUCCUCCUCGAAACCAAUCAAAUCGCUCGCUACCAAAGCAGAGAAUUUAUCACGUUUUGGAGAGCCCUGGCAGCAGUCAAGGUAGUACAGAAUGCGUUGAGACUCCUCCUCCUUUAUACGACGAAGUUUCUGCUGUCGUUCAAGACAUGCAAAACAUGUCUCCUAAAACUGCCACUCCUACCAAUUCACCAAUACAGACUCCGCCCCUUCCAUCAAGACUAAGCUGUCAUACGGGUUGGAAAAGGAAUGGUGCGACUGUUGCUAAUGGAUACCAAGAGCCAGGGAGGGUUAGCUCCUCUCCCUGCUUCUCUCCAUCUCCUCAGCUUCCACUUCACCUAUUCUCCUCCUCCUCUCCCUCCCCCCUCCUCACUAAUGGCGUCGUUAUUGAUAGCUCUGACGCUCUCACUCCUCCUCUGCCUGUCCUCAGAGCUGAGGAUGAUGACGAUGACGUGUUCAGUUCUAGUGCUAGUAACACGAUUGAGACUACACCUUCUCCGAUAGCAGGAAAUAGACAUCAGACGUAUCAAAAACUGUACAGGCGUCACUCGCAAAGUCAACUCAAAGCAAUGCGUGCUGUCACACCUCAUUCUUAUGCAGUACCCUCUCGCUCUGGGAGCAUGCCUAGGGGGUACCAAAGACCACCCCCUAGAGGAAACUAUCAGAGACAAAACUCGUGUCAGGCUAAUAUUCGAUCCCAUAGAGUCCAUCCAGCUGUAGGUGAUUCUGAGGGAGUGGGACAAGAUGCUGUUCAUAUAAAGAAGAGUUCAUCUAUACCAUCAGCCAUAAUGGCAAGUACUUCAAGGAAUAGAUCUAGCUCUGUUCCAGGAGAAGAAGAUGUUUACAAUGCAUUGCAUUACAGAGGAUACACUCAAGGAAACUGGACAUUAAAAAGGACGCUGGUAUAAUGGCUGAACACUACAUGUAUAUAUACACACACGCAGAAAAUUGUAUUAUAAACAAAUCUUCAUCAUUCAACUCAUUCAUUUAUCAUCAUCAUCAUCAUCAUCAUUAUUAUUAUUAUCAUUUGUUAUUGUUCUUGUUUGUGCAUCAAUCAAUCUCUUUACAUCUCUCUCUGCUAUAAAAAAUGUUUAUUUUCACUCAA